GUAUCGUGCGCGCUAUCUGCUCGUGCCACCCUACUCAUUCUCCCUUUCCCUCUGCUGCGGUUACUCACUCGCUAAAUACCGGAGCUGGUCUUGAGAGACGGAACAAAACAGACUUGGAAAUUGAUUUUUACGACGCUUGAGAGGGAUGGCAUCAGAGAUGCUGUUCGCGUUGUUAAGUAUGCCUGCUCCUUCCUAUCUCUGGCAUAAGUGAAACGUGGUCGGAAGUUGGAUUAAGCUGAUUCUGUGCGGUUGUCGGUUAGGACGCGAUGCUGAAGAUCCCGAUGAUAGUGGUAUGUCUCUUCGAGUCGGGGGCGGAGGGAAAUGGGUGGUGAUGGCUGACUUGGAUGGAGUAGACGUCACGGACCCCGGCGAAUCCGAAAUCAUCUCUUCGUGGGCCCUCUUCAUCCAGGUCACAUUGUUGAUACUGGCGCUGUUUUGUAGUUACUAUUUGCAGCUUAAGAAGAUUCAGGCUGUGCAUGAGACCGUUAUCUCGAUUUUUGCUGGUGAGUUGCUUCCGCUCCACCCCCCCCCCCCUUCGGGAGCGAACUGGUGGAACUAAUGGAGGGGUGGGGGUUUUCCGGAUAGGGAUGUUUGUGGGGUUGAUUAUUAGGCUUACCUCGUCUGAGCAUUUGCAAAACUUGGUUAAGUUUGAUUAUCAGAUUUUCUUCAAUGUGCUGCUACCGCCCAUUAUUUUGAAUUCGGGGUAUGAGCUUCAUCAGGUAUAUUUCCCCCCCUCCACUUCUAACGGGGGUGAUGGGGAUGGGUGCUGAUGAUGAGGAUGAUGAUUAUGGCGCAGGCGAAUUUUUUUCGGAAUAUAGGUUCUAUAUUGACGUUUGCCUUUGCUGGGACCUUUAUUUCGGCGGUAGUCCUUGGGUAUGCUGCGAUACUCAACCUCCCCCCCUCUCGCGCUGCAACGGUGGUUAUGGGAAAGCUGAGUGGGAGUCGGGAUGUUCUAGGGUUAUAUUGUUCAUCUGGUCCUAUGGACCCUUCGAAGCGCUCGAGAUCUCGUUCGUUGAGGCUAUCGGUGUCGGCGCGACGCUUUCCGCUACUGAUCCUGUCACCAUCCUCGCCAUCUUCAAUACCUACAAAGUGGACCCGAAGCUUUACACGGUAAUCUUCGGAGAGAGUAUCCUCAAUGAUGCGGUGGCUAUCGUCAUGUUCGAGACCGCGCAGCGAUUUCACGGGGAGAAUAAGGGACCUGCUAGUGUUGGGAGCUUGUUCAAGGGUAUUGGGAUUUUCUUCCUGGUGUUUACCGUUAGUUUGAUGAUUGGCGUAUUUAUCGGGAUUGGAACGGCACUGCUUUUGAAGCAUACCUAUAUACGGAGAUUUCCGAAGAUUGAGAGCUGCCUUAUCCUUUUGGUGGCUUACGCCUCAUAUCUUUUCUCCAAUGGGUGUCACAUGUCCGGUGAGAGCCACAUUCUGGUUUAACAGGGUUGGGGUGAGACUGACGGGGGGGCGGAUAUAGGGAUUGUGUCUCUGCUAUUUUGCGGGAUCACACUUAAGCACUACGCAUAUUAUAACAUGUCUCGUCGCACCCAGCUAACUACAAAGUACCUCUUUCAGGUCCUGGCGCAACUUUCCGAGAAUUUCAUCUUUAUCUACCUUGGGCUGUCGCUUUUCACAGAGACACAGCUUGUCUUCCGCCCCGCGUUCAUUAUAGUGACUGUUAUCGGAAUCUGCGUGGCUCGUUGGGCAGCCGUUUUCCCGCUUUCUAGACUCAUCAACUUUGUCAUCCGUUACCGUGCACAAGCACGGGGGCGUACCGUAGCAGAUGAGCUUCCCCACAGCUACCAGGCUAUGUUGUUCUGGGCUGGUCUUCGCGGAGCCGUAGGUGUCGCCCUCGCCGCUGGCAUAACCGGAGAAAACGGCAAUUCCCUCAGAGCAACCGUGCUUGUAGUAGUGGUCCUCACGGUCAUUGUUUUUGGCGGUACAACCGCGAGAAUGCUAGAAAUCCUUGGAAUCCGAACCGGCGUGGUCGAGGAAAUUGACAGCGAUGACGAAUUCGACAUUGAGAACGUUGGCGCCUAUUACAAGAGCUCCCGGGGCGGAAUGGGCCCGGUGGGGGUCCCGCUGUCCGUCGUUCCCAGGGAAGACAGAGACGGCGGCGCCAUCUCCACAGGAGGAAUCUACGGAAACUCGCCCUCCCCCCCAGACAGGCCGAACUCUGGCAUGAGCGGACGGAGAAACAGUCAGCGAAAUCGCCCGGAACAGGAUAUAUUCGGCGCGCCAGGUGGAAGUGGCGGCAACGACAGCGCCUUUAUGGACGACGACGACGACGACGACGAAGAAGAUCUUCCACCCAUGAACCCUCGGCAGAAGAACAUCGCCAUGACAAGAGGCGGCAGUCAUAACGUGGGGAACGGUGAGGGAAGUGGUAGCUCCCACCAUGCACAGCACGGCGACAAUAGCAGUGGUAACGGAGGAGGGGGGAUAACAGCCUCCGGAGCGUUAGGUCAGUUGGCCGGCAUGUUUGGCGGCUCGGACGACCAGGCCGAAUGGUUCAGGAAGAUUGACGAGGGUUAUAUUAAGCCGAAAUUGCUGCUGGAUCCUGGCAAGGGGAAUGGAAACGGGGGUGGGUUUGGAGGUUGAAUUCAUUUUAUACUUUUUUGUUUUCUGUUCUUUUGUUCCCCCCCUUUUUUCUAUCUAAGAGACUGUUUAUAUAGGGCACAUUUUUUUCUUUUUUCUUGGGGUUUCUUUUCUUUUCUUUUUCUUUUUCAUCACUCGGGUCGGGGGGAGAUGGGGAAUAAUGAUAGAAUCGGAUGGAGGAAUGUUUGAGAUCCUUUGUGUGUGGACACGAUCGAGUCAUGCCUGGGUGACCAGACAGUAACCGUGAAUUGUCGAUAUAAUGUUGCGGUUUGUGUUUUGAGGAGUAAGGAAAUUUGGGGGAAGACAUUGUUGAUUAAUUGUCUGAAGGAUAGAAAUGAAAAAAGUUCCGCUAUAAGGAAAGCGGAGCACGAUUACAC